AUGAGAGAAGCAAUGGCUGCUUUAGAAGAAGAUCUUACUAAAGAAGCAUUUCAAGCAUUAAUUAAUAAAAAAAAAGAUUCUCAACAGAAUGGUUUCAUGCGAAUACUAACAGGACCUUCACGAUGUUGUCGUUCAUAUCGUACUCAACGACGUUUAGCAACAGUUGUUCAACGUUCAAUUGAUAUUGCUAUAAAAGAUAUACCAAUGUCUCCAAUAAAUCAUAACAUGCAAUUAUUUAAUUAUCAAAAAAUUAAUUCAAUACCUUUACAACCCAAACAAGCUGUAACAUUAGUACCGACAUCCACUCAAUUUAAACGAUUGGUUUCACAUUGUUAUAUUCAUGAUUAUGCAGCAUGGUUAGAACGACAACAAGAAUUAAUAAUGUGGCUUAAUUUGGCUAAAUUACUCAAACUACCAAUUGAAGAAAGUAAAAUAAUACAAGAAGAAUUGGAACAAAUUCGACUUCAAUACGAAUGUUUACGUGUUAUUGAACGUUUACCUCUUUCUGUGGGACCUGGCUAA